GGAAAAUCCCGAGACUGUCCUGUAUGACCAGGAUGGCGGCUACAUGUUGAAAGAUGAGAGCGGAACCGUGGUUGCCAUUGCUGCAGACUCUCUGUGUCCCGAGUUGGACCAGGCCUUGGCCGAAGUCGAGGCCCUCCAAGCAGAGACGAAGCUGGCUGGCAAUGCCGGAGAACAAGGUGACACCACCAGCAAGAAGAGAGACGUUAAUGAUGUUCAGGACACUAAUCGUCCACUUCGUUGUUCUCAUCCUAGAUGCUUCAAUUCCGCCAUCUGCCUGACGUAUACCGAUUGUCACGUCUGUUUGCGAUCACACCACUGUAUUUGAGGUGGUCGAUACUUUACAUGGUGGGGUGCGGAGGGCUGGAAUGAAUUUCAAAUAAGGAGAAUUGGUGAAUAAUUGGAUUGUGAUGGACUGUGUGGCAGUGGACUACCUCCAUGAAAUUGUGGCCAUGUAUGUAUGCAGGUGUCAUGCUAGGCAGACCAGGGCAGAGAUGGUUUUCAAUGGCUUGCUCCUUUGGGUGGCCUGGACCGAGAAUAUAAUGUGGUU